UUCUGCCCCUUCUUCAUUUCACCAGCAACCAAACUCUGUUCCUGCUCUGUCCACCCGUUCAUACACAUACCUGUGUUCCUGCUUUUGCCACUUCACCUUUUCUUCUUCUCCAUUUCUUGGUAGUUUCGUUUCAUCUUACACGCCCUUGACUUCACAUUGACUUUGAUCGAAGCCACCAGGAAACUGUGAUCAAGCAGUGUACCUAUUUUUGAGCUGUGCUUCUUUUCUGUUCCUCUUCCUCUUCCGCUCCUUCUUCAUUCCAUCAGCGAGCUGAGCGUGAAAUCAAACAAAAAGCUAGAUUCAAUGGCCAUCCAAUUGAGUGCUUUUUCCUCAUUCUCUUCUGUUCCUUUUUCCACCCGUUCAUACACAUACGAUGUGUUUCUGAGUUUCAGAGGCGAGGAUACUCGCCACACUUUCACCGGUCAUUUGCACAGUUAUUUGGUCCUUAACGGGAUCAACACUUUCAUAGAUGAUAAUGAUCUUCCAAGAGGAGAGGAAAUAUCAGAAGCACUUCUCCGAGCCAUUGAAGUGUCAAAGCUCUCCCUCAUUGUGUUCUCUGAAAACUAUGCAUCCUCAAAGUGGUGUUUGGAAGAACUAGUUCAUAUCCUUGAAUGUAGAAGAUCAAAGAACCAAAUGGUUAGGCCAAUCUUUUACAAAGUGGAUCCCUCCGAUGUAAGACACCAAAGAGGUAAAUUUGGUGAGGCACUUGCAGAGCAUGAACUCAGAUUCGAAGACGACAAGAACAAGGUGUUGAGAUGGAGAAAAGCUCUUUCAGAAGCCGCAAAUUUAUCUGGGUGGCAUUUCUGGAGCGGGUAUGAAUAUGAAUCUAAAUUUAUUGAUAGAAUCAUUAAAGAGAUUUCUGCACAAGUAAUAAAACAUACCCCUUUGAAUGUGGCAAAGUUUCCAGUCGGGAUAGAAUCUCGUGUACAAGACAUGCUUGAACUCUUAGAUGUUGGGGGAAGUGAUAUACGCAUGGUAGGGAUAUGGGGAAGUGGUGGAAUAGGGAAGACAACAAUUGCUAAAGCUGUUUACAAUACAAUUGUCCAUGAGUUUGAAGAUAGUUGCUUUUUGGCAAAUGUUAGAGAACGUUCCGUGACACAUGAAGGUCUAGUGAACCUACAAAACAUUAUUCUUUCAAAGAUUCUAGGGGGCAAAGAACUGAAAGUAAUCAAUGUUGAUGAAGGAAUUAAUUUGUUGCGUGAAAGGUUGAGAAAUAGAAGGAUUCUGUUAAUUCUUGAUGAUGUGAAUAAAUUGGACCAGUUAGACGCAUUAGCCGGAGCACCUGAUUGGUUUGGUCGUGGCAGUAGAGUUAUAAUAACAACAAGAGAUAAGCGUUUGUUUGUUCACAAUGUCAAUCCUAUAUACAAAGCCAGGGAACUAGAUCAUCACGAGGGUUGUGAGCUCUUUAGUUCAAUUGCCUUCAAGAAUAAGAGAAUUUUAGAUGACAAUGAGCAGCACUUAGUUAGCACUAUUGUUAGAUAUGCUCAAGGCCUUCCAUUGGCCUUGGUAGUUUUGGGUUCACAUCUAUGUGGUAGACCGGUACAUAAAUGGCAAGCUAUGCUAGAUGGUUUUAGAAGAAAUCUUCCUGAAGGCAUUCAAGAUAUUCUCAAAGUCAGUUAUGAUGGACUGGAAAAAAUAGUGAAAGAAGUUUUCCUCGACAUUGCUUGUUUCUUCAAAGGUUGGAAGACAAAUGAUGUGAUACAGAUACUAGAUGGUUGUGAGCGCAACAACCCCACAAAUAGUAUUGAAGUUCUUGAAGAAAAGGCUCUCAUAUAUGUUGAUUGUUAUGAUAAGAUUUGCAUGCAUGAUUUGCUAGAAGAGAUGGGAAAAGAUAUAGUUCAGCAAGAGUCUACAGAGCCCGGUGAGCGAAGCAGAUUGUGGCAUCACAAGGAUGUGCAGGAGGUUCUAACAGAAAACAUGGGAACAAGUAAAACUGAAGGUAUAGUGAUAAAAAUGCCUACAGCAGAUGAGAUAUGCUUGAAUCCUAAAUGCUUCAAAAAGAUGAGAAAUCUUAAAAUUUUCAUAAACAUCAAUGGACGGUUUUGUGGAAAGGUUGAUUAUUAUCCGAAUCAGUUGCGGUUACUUGAAUGGCGUGAUUGUCCGCUAAAAUUCUUUCCCUGCAAUUUUAACAUGAAGAAUCUAAUUCAACUUAAUAUGCCUCGUAGCUGCAUCUCACGUAUCGAGAGUAUGAAAAAUCUGAAAUCCUUAAAUUUGAGUGGAUGUAAAUUUCUAGCACAAAGCCCAGACCUGUCUGGAAGCCCAAACCUAGAGUUCCUGGAUCUAAGCUAUUGUAAAAGUUUAAAGAAGGUUCACCCUUCGGUUGGAUCCCUCAAAAAGCUUGUUGGCCUGAAUCUUGAAAGAUGCUCUAACCUUGUGAGGCUACCAGGAGAAGUCAACUGGAGAUCCCUCCGAUCCAUUAAUCUCGACUACUGCACAAGGCUGGAGAGUUUCCCUGAAAUUGAGGGAGAGAUGAAAUACAUGACACGCUUGGGGCUAUCCAACAAUGCCAUCAAAGCAUUGCCUUCAUCCAUUGGAUAUCUAAUUAACCUUAGAUCGUUGGUGUUAGAUAAUUGUGGAAACCUCACAGAUCUGCCUUGCAGCAUUUAUGAAUUGCAGAAGUUAUGGUGGGUUUCAUUCUCCGAUUGCCCAAAACUGGUAAGAUUCCCAAAUAAGGUGGAGUCUGAAGUGCUUCCAACUUACUCAAAGGUUUCACAUGACAACCACAAUUCGGUGGAGCCAGAGCCAGACACUGAAUUCAAUUCGGUGCUUCCUUCGCUAUCUUACUUCGGCGCGGAUCGAUGCAAUUUGUCUAAUAUUGAUUUCCUCGCGUCCCUUGAUUGUGCAUCCACUUUAGAAAACCUUGAUUUAUCAGGAAGCACAAUUGUUAUUCUUCCCGAAUGCAUCAUCAACAAAUUUGUCAACUUGUGGGAACUCAAUUUGAUCGGGUGCACGAGGCUCGUAGAAAUUCCAGAGCUUCCACCAAGUAUUAAAACGUUGAAUGUGACGGGUUGCGUAUCAUUGGAGAGAAUUUCCAAGUUGUCAAACAUUUUGGAGCGUAAAGAGUCACAAAAAAUGAUUGAGAAGAUGGACUUGACUAAUUGCCGGAGACUCUGUCAAAAUUUGGUUGAGAUGGCAAACAAGGAUGAUGAGGAUGAAGUGCACGCUGAUCUCAUCUCUCGACUCCUAUCUUCUCAGCAAUCCGAAUUCACAAUUACAUUUACAGUUCCAAGAAGCGAGGUUCCAAAGUGGUUCAGCGGUCAAAUGGAUUUCAUGGGGCAUCUACGGUUUGAAUUUUAUAUCGAAACACUUGCAAAUUUUAAAUGGGACAACGCAGGAUUGGCUGUCUGUGUGGCUGUUGAUCAAAAGCUGCAAGAUCCUUGGACUGGUUUCAUGUUCUAUAUUCACAUCAAUGAAGUAUGUGUUUCAAUUCCCCACUCUAAAGUUGUUCAUUCAGAAGAGUCGGAUCAUGUGUGGCUGCACUAUGUUCCCUUCCUUGAAAUGUGGCGAUUUGGUUAUACGCUUCCAUUGCCCCCCUUUACGUGUCAAGUCAUUAUUUAUCAACAAGAGCACCCUCGUCCCCCCAUAAAAAGCUGUGGUGUCCACCUUGUAAUGCCACCCAAUGAAGACGUUUGUAUGAAGCUAAUCCGUGCAGAGAACCUCUCUAGUGAACCUCUCUAGUGAUGAACUUAAAAAGGACUUCUGGGACAAUUAUCGUCCCAAACAGAGGACUGACUGUAAAGAAUUAUUUACUGAUGCAUAACUGGAGAACGAAAAGCUGUAAUUACUGAUGCAGCAUGGCAUUGUCUAUGGACCAGUGUGACGAAUACAGGUGCUAAUGCAGUUGAGUUCCUCUGAACCAUGCUGAAGUUUCAAUAGCUUUUGUUCAAGAGAACAAAAUCCAUGCAUAAUUGUCAGCUUCACAAAUGUUUCUAGCACUCAAAAGCAGAAGAACGUACGGGGGGUAUCUUGCUUUCUGUGGGAGGAAUUCUUUCAGUUGAGAUUCAAAUUGUGAAGUACCUCCAAAACAUAGGACUGCUGUUGCACAACAAUGUAUACACGUGGAACAACUGGAGAACCAAAAGGCAUAAUUGUUACUACUGCAGCAUUAAAGUCGAGGACUAAUGGAAACUUAUCAUCCCAAACAGUGGACUGACUGCAAAGUAAUAUAUACUGAUGCACAAUUGUAGAAUGAAAAGCUUUAAUUAGUACUAUUGCAGAAAUGUUGGUAAAGCAUUAUCUAUGGAUCAAUGUGACGAAUAAGGUUACAGUUCAGAUUCUCCCUCUUUUUUUAUAUCUUUGGAGUUUCAAAGUUAGUUUGUAAUAAAUAAUAUCAACUCUCUUUGGCAUUGUCCAUUUGUGUGGAUAUAGUAGUUGAACUAAUUUUCCAAGCCUGGUUCCAUGUAACUAAUAAAUGAAAAAUUGCAUUAUGGAAAGUGAUACUAAUUUGUUUUCGAAGUUUGAUCUAGUAUACUAGUCAUAUUUCACUAAAUUCUUUCAAGGUAUUUCUAUUUUCUGAGUUUAUAGCAUUGUUAUAUAUUUCACCAAACAUAUAUUUUCGGUGUCUGAUUUAGAAUGAUAUUUACUUGAUUGAAGGCAUGAUUUAAGAAAAGUGAAAGUUUCCAAUUAGUUUUAUGUAAUUGCAAUUAUUUUCUUCUUUCAUUUGAUCAGUUUCUUGUUGAGUUACCACUACAUUAUAAUUAACCUGUGAAAUAUUUUCCCUUGUUUAUUGUUAUUGUAAAAUUCAUGCCUAAAUUUGUUCCAGCAGGUAUUGAGUAGAGUUUCCUCCGGUGGAACCAUACCCUGUUCCAAUAUGCAUAUAACUUAGCCAGCUCAUCAGUUAAAACUUUGCAUUUGCAUUUUCAUUGGCAGGAGUCUUAUGACUACUGAAAGGUUGAAAUAACAAGAAGUUGGGAUAUCUGAAGUAGUGUCUUCCAAAGGACGAAGCACAAGCUUGACUUUAAAAAGAUUAUCCAUCACAAUCUACACAAAAUGGAUUGGUUGCUUUGGAUAUAUUGAUCUGUCCUUGUGGUCAAGUGUGUUUCUGAGGCAACCAGCCUCGUCCGACUUUACCUCAGAAAACCAAAAACUUUCCCUUCAGAUAACCAGGUGUUGGAAACUAUGAGUAGAGGGUAUUGCUUUAUUGCUAUGGGUUAAAAUAGAACAUAUGCAUAUAUUAUUGGCCAUAGCAGAGAUGUAGAUGGUAUUGGUCUCAUAGCUAGGUCCUUAUUGGACCUUUUUACUGGUACUAUAAUAAUGUAUUACUAGUCCUGAACUAUGAUAAAAUCUCAGACUACUUAAUUUCAAUUAAGAUUCACAAGGAGAGGAAACUGAGUGAUGAUGGUGAUUAGAGAGUUCUGAAGCAUUAUGACAUCUUAGAUCUGUAGCUAUUUAUUGAGUUUAGGGAAGACCCUUCUCUAUGAGUCAAUGGGAACCAAAGUUAUAUCAGAGUUUGGGCUAGGACAAACUGAAUUUGUUGAGAAUUGAAGAACAAUAUUUUGGUGUGAUUGAGCUGAUCGAUGUAGAGGUUAAGUAACUUAUGAAGGACACUGAGGUGCUUGUUGAUCUACAUGUGGCAAUAAUUUUUAGUCCAUCCCCAAUCUGUAGACAUGAACUAAUUUUUCUGUCAAACUACAGCACAUUGUAUGGGCUGUCUAUCCAGAGGUGAUAUUGGAGAAUGGCAGCCUAAUGGAGCAAUGAAAGUUAUAGACAGGAAAAAGAACAUAUUUAAACCGUCUGAAGGUGAAUAUGUUGCUGUGGAAAGCAUUGAAAGCAAAUACUUGCAAUGCCCCCUUAUCACAUCAAUAUGGGUUUAUGGGAACACCUUCGAGUCAUUUCUUGUUGCUCUGGUUGUUCCUGACAGAAAGGCCUUGGAGGACAGAGCAUCAUUUGACUGAUGACUAUAAUCAUUGUGUCAAAACCUGAAGGCAAGGAAAUACAUUUUGGAUGAGCUCAAUUGCUCGGUUUAGACACACCAUCUUCGAGGGUUUGAGUUGUUAAAAGCAGUUACAUUUGGAAGCUAA